UAUACGUGUGUGUGUGGGUGUUGGGUUGUGCACACAAUAAUGCACUCAAUAGGGGGAAGAAAGAAGGGGUUCGAUUCAUAGUUAGACAACACAACCAAAAGCUUGGUGUAUCUAUCUAUCUUUGAAUCUAUAUGCUAGUCUAGCUAGGGCUUGAAUCUAUAGGGCAUGUCCCUUUGAGGUUCUUUCUAGAUCUUCAUUGUCUUUUUGUGUCGUAGCUACAAGAAAGACUUGUCUGAUCAGUAUUUGUGUUUGUAUCUGUGCUUGUAUGUGUAAGAGAGAGAGCAGAGAGAGAGCAGAGAGAGAGAGAAUGGCAUUACAAGCUGUGGUCUUCCAACAAGAUCCAUUCAACCAUGGCUGCAAGGAUCAAUCUCAAUUUCAAAACCCAGAUGGCUUUAUUUUCAACACAACCAAUUGGGAAUCCCAAAAUGCAUACUUGGACGAGAAAAUUAAUCCUCCGGUGGUGGUUGUGGCGGCGCCUCCAGGACAGUCAAAGAGGCGUAGAAUCAGAAGCAUCAAGAACAAGGAAGAAGUUGAGAAUCAAAGAAUGACACACAUUGCUGUCGAACGCAAUCGAAGGAAGCAAAUGAAUGACUACCUCAACGUCCUCCGAUCCACCAUGCCUUCCUCUUACUCUGAACGCGGAGACCAAGCGUCGAUAAUUGGAGGAGCAAUAAAGUAUGUGAAGGAAUUGGAGCAACUCCUUCAAACCCUUGAAGCCCAAAAGAGAUCAGUCAAGCAACAAUCAGCAGCAGAUACUACUGCAGCUAGUGUCUUCUCCGACUUCUUCACCUUCCCUCAGUACUCAACUUGGUCUAAUUCUCAUCAUGAAAACCCAGAGAAGCAAUCCUUCAAUGUUGCUGAUGUGGAAGUCAGAAUGGCAGAAAAGCAUGCCAACAUCAAAAUAUUAUCAGAGAGACAACCAAAGAGAUUGAUGAAGAUUGUUGGAGGGUUGCACUCUCAUGGACUUACCAUUCUUCACCUUAAUGUCACAACUAUUGACAAUACUGUCCUCUAUUGUGUCAAUGUCAAGGUUGAAGAUCAUUGUAAGCUGAAUUCAGUGAACGAGAUAGCAGCUGCUGUUUAUGAGAUGAUGGGUGGUGUUCAUGAAGGCCAAGACUAGAGUAGGCUGAGUCUUAGUUGAAGAAGUGUAUGGCUAUAGUUUCUCAUCAUGUAAUAAUUAUUAGUUUAUUAUGAGCAUUUCAAUAAUCAAUGUAGAACCAA